CGCUCUUCUCAUAUUCAAACUACUGCGUAUCUCCUUGGUGCACGUAAAGGACUGCCCAAUGUUGACGAGGAAGAGAUAAAUCGCACUCGUGCCGUUCAGUCGUGGUACGAGUCAGAGGCGCCGGAAGGGCAACUGACAAACCAGGAAUCUCUUGAGAAAGUCGAAUUUCGGAUCCCUUUGAACACUGCCGAUACAAACAAAUCUACGACAUACGUCGACCAUUUUUACGCCGAGUCAGACCUGAGUCCCCUAGAUAUGUUCGAUUCUAUGAGGGCCGUGAUGGAUCUUCCAAAGACCUACAAGCAUUUAGGCUGGCACUUAUCUACAGCCCGCCGUAUGGACCUGCCGCAUAGACUCUUGACGGCCCAAGAUAUCAAGAGCGCUUUCAAAGCUGCGAGAGCGGAACAGCUCUCUGGAUGGCACAAGAAAAAUGUUGCAAUUGAAGUCAUAAAUACUUACUUGUUGCAGCAGAUGCCUGUAUUAAAAGGGACAGCAAAGCAACAUGCAGGUACUACGUGUUCUGCAGGCGAGCAGAACCAUCUACCCAGUACAUCCCAGUUUGACGACCGUGAAGAAGUUCGUAUCUCACGUAGUAAGGAAGGAACCGCGUCCCUUCAGCGUGUGCCAACCGAGCUCAUAUCACCCAUAAUCCACAAUCAUGUUCAUCUCCCAUCUGCAAUCAACGACACGUGGGCUUCCGAGUCUAAUGGCGUACUUUCUGAACAGCAAUGUGACAACUCCACAGCUCCUCGACCCCUCAAGAGGACGUAUGCACUCUACUUGGAGAGUGACGAAGACACCGAUGAUGAAGAACCACCGCAAGGCAUUAAUGAAGUCCUUGUGAAGAUCCAUUCUCGCUACCCUGAUAUGAACUUGCCACAAUACAUGAACACGCUGAAGAAGCAUGAAAAGGUUGGAUGGAUGUGCGAAGGCGAGAAGAAAGGCGAAAGGGAAAUACAGGGCACGAGCUGA